UUACGCAUUUGCAAACGUAUGAUAUGUUACGAAUUCUAGCUAGGUGGCUAACGUUAGGGUUAAGUUUAGGAGUUAGGUUAAAGGGUUUGGGGAAAAGUUAGCUAACAUACUAAGUAAUUGCAAAGUAGAAAAAAGGUAGUAAGUAGUUGAAAAGUUGAUAAAAUGCUAAAGUUGUCCUUGAUGAGAUUCGAAUUAGCAACCAGACAUUCGCAGUUCGGCACAAGACCGCCGUUAGACGAAGACUUGUUUCUACGCAUGAGCUUAGCUAGCCAACGUUGCCAUGACAUCUCCUACAAGCAAGAUCAGGGAUUUCUAUUGGAGAAGCAGUUAUCGUUAUACUGUACUGUCUUUGAUUUUACUGUACAUCCUUCUCUACACAAUAGAUUACCCCCUCCCUUUCUCCUCCCUGCGCCUUUUGGUUCCACCUCUACGGCUGAUGUCUGCAUUUAUGUGGCAGGUAGCGCAACAGAGGGCCAUCAAGCACUAUGGGAAGUUAGAGGAAUUUGUGACAGUGGUUACACAAACUGUCCCAGAACUUAUAACUGACAGGCAGAGGACAUUGCUUCUUCUGGCAUUAAGGGCAAGGGUAACUCUUCAGCUGUUUCAAGGUGAGCAUCCAGAGGACCUCAACAAAAUUAAGAUCCAUCUUGACAGAUUCUCAUCCUGUGGUCUUUCACAGAAUAAUGAUGCACAGAUGGAUGCGUUGGAAGCAAACUUCCUCAAGCUCACCAAAAACCUUCUUGAAGACCCAGUCGAGAGGAUCCAAUUCUUCAAGGCAGAUUUCCCUGUGGUGUAUGGCUGUGAUUUUGACAGAGCUUUGCAGGCACUUGUUUGUCAGUUCCUCUCCAGACUAGAAGAUCUGCUACCAGUGCCAGACCUUAAGCAGACUGCAUCCUGGCUCAGCGCUGUACCCUCUGCCUCGGAUGAGUGUCUGCAGUCUCUUUCUCACACAGAGGACCUGCAAUACCUGCUUCAGCACCACACAUGCUGUGGAAAGUUAGACAAACUAUUUCCCUCCUCGGCAGAAGACUGCAUCCUCGCUUCACUAUCCCUCCCUACCACAGUGGGAGUGGCAUAUGCCUUUGACAGCAAAUUAGAUGUCUUGCCUAACUUGGAAGGCUCUACCCAUGUAAGAAGACAGAUGGAGACUUUGUCAGACAGCAGAGAUUAUCAACAGGCAGAAUCAAGAGCAUGUUUAGAUGGAAACCAGAACAGUAAAGAAGACAGAGUGUCUACCAUGGGUAGCGAUGAUGAUGAAUGCACAGAGAGAGGUGUGGAAGAGGAGAAUGAAAACAUAAGUGCUGUGGGAAGGGUUAUUACCGAACCAAAGGACCAGAGGAGAUGUGAAGGGGCUGUUGGGGACCUGUGUGCUGCUGGAGCACCAGACCUCACAGCCAACUCUCCAAUGGUCACCUCCAGUGUGGCUGAAAAACCCUCAAUAUUUCCCACCCGAAUUACACUCAAAAGUAAAGGGGACCACAGAGUCAAUUCCUCCAAGAUAUCUAGAAAGAGCCCAGAAGGGAGGAUGGCUGAGUCCAGUGUGAACUCUGAUACAUCUCUGUUUGAAUCCUCACAGGAAACGACUGGUGCUGAAGAAUCAAGAACAUUUUCUCCAGACCAUGACAACACAGAAGAGGAAAACAACGAACCUGCUUCGGGGGAGUCUUCUCGGCUUUCUAGCUGCGCUCAACCACCACCUAGUGACGCAUCACCAUCCUCGGAGACCCUUUCCAAAGCAUUGUCCACUGCACGGCGUAUUGCCAACAAGUGCUCCCAGUGUGGAAGGUGUUUUAUCUAUCCAUCUCAACUGGUUCAGCAUCAGCGAAUUCACACUAGAGAUCGACCUUACAAAUGCACCCAGUGCGGAAAGACUUUCAGUAAUUCAACUGGGCUUUCAAAACACCACCAAAAACACUGUCUAGAUGCGACCUUCGAUUGCCCCAAGUGUGGAGAGAGUUUCAGAUCUCUCCGCGAGCGUUUCAAACACCUAUCUACUCACAAGUCCCUCAAAUGUCUGUUGUGUGGAAAGAGUUGCCAGACGACUUCUGAUUUGCGAAAGCACCAGCAAACACAUAGUGUGACGCCUUCGUUCAACUGCUCUCUCUGUGAAAAACGCUUCAAGUUCCUGUCGAGCCUAACCAGGCACAACAGGACCCAUUCAGUGGAGGGGGGGUAUGCUUGUUCCAAGUGUGGGAAAACAUUUGGAUCUUUAAGUGAACGGCUCCAACAUAAGAGGACACACAGGGCACAGCUCAACUGUACGGAGUGUGGACGGAGUUGCAGUUCCCGCUCCGAACUAAAGAGUCACCAGCAAACUCACUCUCGUGAACCUCUCUUCAACUGUCGACACUGUGAAGACAAAUUCUUUGGGUCAGUUGAGCUGAAGAUCCACCAAAAAACUCAUGCAGUGGACAAACCCCAUCAGUGUGAUGCGUGUGGAAAGUGCUUUGGCGCCUUAGCCACCCUUGUACUCCACCAACGAACACACACGGGGGAGAAACCCCACACAUGUCCUCGUUGUAAUAAGCAGUAUAUCUCCAAAAGUCAGCUGACGUCACACAUGCGGACUCACACGGGCGAGCGUCCAUACAGCUGCUCUUACUGUGGGAAGUGUUUCUCUCAGUUGGCUAAUCUUACUGUGCACACAAGGAUUCAUACGGGGGAGAGACCUCACAUCUGCUCUCAGUGCAAGAAAGGGUUUUGCUCAGUCGGUGACCUGCAGAAGCAUGAGCGCUCUCACACCAAAGAGAAACCUUACAGGUGCACAGUUUGUGGAAAGGCCUUCACAGUGUCAAGUCAUUUGACGGUUCACAUACGCAGUCACACAGGAGAGCGCCCCUACACCUGCACUGAGUGUGGAAAGAGUUUUGCACAGAGCUCUGUCUUAACUAAACAUCAAUUCACCCAUACAGGAGAGAGGCCAUACCCAUGCCAUCACUGUGUAAAAAGUUACACCCGUCUCACACACUUGAAGAGACACCUACAAACACACACUUGAGGGAGUCCGGUGUGUUUUCCUGUUUUGGUUUCAUUCUGAAAAGCGUUACCAUGGAUCUGCUGUUUCACUGUCUGUCAAUGUGUUAUGCUGAAUAACGUCAAUGUAUAACUGAAAACCAUGCUCACCAUGCCUUUUUCUCAAACUGUAGUUUGUGUACAUUACUGCCAACAUGGAUGGAAAAUAAAAAUUUCAAAAUAUAAAA